AUUCAAAAUUUUUCGUCGUCUUCUUCAGAAUUCUCUCAAGAACCCUAAAAUUUCUUCAGAUUUUUCAGAUUCUCACUCAAAAUUCUGAGAAAAUGAAGGUUGUCGGAGCAAAUAUUCAUUUCCAGAAGUUAGAAGCCAAGUGCUCGUCAUCAACAUUCUUUCAAAGCUAUCUGGAAAUGAUAGCCGCUCAAGAACUCUUCGAAUUUCUUCAAAUGGAGAUUCGCCUCAAAUUCGAGGAAUUCUACAGAAAUGGAGAGGUCAAGACUGCUCAUUCAAAGAAGGACCCACAGAGGACGUUUCCAGUCAUCAAGUCCACUGUUGGAGGUACGAAAGUGAAGCUUUCGCAGAAGAAAUUAGGAGAAAAGCUUCGCCUUCCCAAUUCUGGAGUUGAAAUCGGGAAAUUUCCAGCCCAAAAUCUGGACUGGAACAUCAUUGGAAUCUCUGGGCAAAUUCCUUCAAGUCCAGCGAAGAAAACAGAUCUAAACAACGAUUACAAGUUGGUUUUGGAACUGGUCAUCGCCUGCCUCGAAUGUGGAAGUGGAGGUCAUGCCGAUGACAUCACCCAGGAGAGAGCCUUCAUCAUCAACUCUCUCAUUACCAAAACUAAGCUCUACUAUGAUUGGAGAGCAUGGAAAGUUGGAAAUUCAGCAGAGCAACUGAUGGAUUGGGACCAACAGCUGAAGAAUGAGAAGAUCAUCAAGAAAUGCUUAGGAAUACCAGUCAACCAUAGCUGUGAAGAAAUCUUGGAUGACUACUGGGUAUGGCAAAGGAACCAUGAAGACCUGCAUCUGGAAUACCUAGCCAACUCACCAAUGUCAGAAUUUGAAGUAGAUGAUGAAGAUCCUUCAGUCUACAAACCAGUCUUCUCCAAAGCCACAGAAGAACAAGUGGUUCUCACUUCUGAAGCGCAAACUAUUUUGGAAGCAACAGCUGAGGACUUCCAAACAUUUCCGGAAGCCUCACCUGCCUUUGAAACGAAAACCUCACCUGCUCUCCAGCAAACCUCACAUUCUUCUAAAAUGGUUCUGACUGAAGCUGUCCAAGAGAAGGCAACCUCUCCCCCACAAGAACAGAACCAGAAAACAGCAGAAGAAGAAGAACUAAUCCAAUCUCAAGAUUUGGAGAUUCUCACAACUCCUUGUGAGAUCUCCAAUCCUACUGAAACUGAGAUCCCGGAGAAGUUAGCAGAAAUUCUGGAACAGUCAACUUUUCCAGAAACAAAUGAAGAGGAGCAAGCUGUAGAAGUCCAAAGGAAUUCUGGAGAAGCUGGAAAGGAGACUCAAAUGGCAGAACCAGAGGUCUCUCAAACUCCAGUAGCCAUUUUUGAAGAACAGAAUGCAGCUGAAGAAAGAGACUCCCUCUCUAGGGAUAUAUCAAAUUUUGUGCUUAAUGAAGCAGAAGGAGAGUCUGAAAGAACACUGAAGGUAACCAAUUUUCAUUUCCAUAGCUCUUCCACCCCUACCCUUCCGGAUAUUGUGCCGGAAAUCUGGACAAAGAAGGUCCAAGGGCUGAUUGAAUCAGCCCUAGCAUCUCAACAUGCCUUUUUUAGGCAAGAGAUAGAGCAAAUGGAAGCCAAGUACACCAAGCUUAUAGAGAAAUCUGAAGAGAAGCACAACACUGAUCUCAAAGAAAUAAGCAAAUCAGUGCACAAGACUCUGGAGAUUAUCUCUCUAUUGAGUGAAACUGUAGUGACCAAAGACUACUUGAAGGUGAUCAUUGACAAUCAAAAGGAGGCAUACAAGCUGUUCAGACUUAUUGGCGCAAAUUCUGGGAACCGCAAGAUGGAAGUAAUUCUCCAACAACACAGCCCAUCUCCAAUACCACAGCUCCCUAUUGCAGUCAAAGAAGGAGAAGUAUCUUAUAUUCCUUCUCAUCUGAACAUGACAAAUCUAAUCCUUGAAGCACAGCAAAGAAAUCCGGAAAACUCAGCAGAGCAUCUAUCCAGCUCAGGACUGGAUGGAACAGAAUUUAUAGGCACAGUUGUUGACCACUUCUCAAAUGAUGCUCAAUCAGAAGAGAGACGUGAAAAUUUAAGGCGCAUCAAAGAACUGUGCGGGAACAUGAAGGGCAUCAGUGAGGUUGCCGGAUCUUCAAAGCGCAAGAGAAACUGAAGGUUCUUUUCAUCAAACCAGGGGGAAAGUAUGUGAAAACACUAAUUUGCUUUGAUGAAAACACCUUAACACCUUCCUGUUUAAACAUUGCUUGAUUGGUUUAAACAUUGCUUCAACAAUUCUCUUAUUUGUGCUUAUUAUGCUUAACUCAAGUAUGAUUAUGCUUAAUUAUGAGAAAUUUUGUUUCUGAAGCGCAUAAAUUCAGGGGGAAUGU